AUUGAACACCCUGCAGCCAAAUUGAUGGUCUUGGCUUCCCAAAUGCAGGAACAAGAAAUGGGUGAUGGUACCAAUUGGGUCAUAAUGUUUGCUGGAGCACUUCUAGAAGGUGCAGAAGAUCUUAUUCGCAUGGGCCUUAUACCCACAGAUGUAGCUGAUGGAUACCAGUUAGCUCUGAAUAAAGCUUUGGAAGUUUUACCAAGUUUAACUUGUUGGGAAGUUACUGACCCAAGGAAUGUUGAACAGGUAACUAAAGGUCUUCGCACAGCUAUAAUGAGUAAACAGUAUGGCAAUGAGGACUUUUUGGCCAAACUUGUGGCCCGUGCAUGCAUCUCAAUUCUCCCAGAAAAGACAACAUUCAAUGUAGACAAUGUUCGGAUAUGUAAAAUUCUUGGCUCUGGAGUCCACAAGUCUGAAGUGGUUCAGGGUAUGGUGUUUCGACGAACGGUUGAAGGCUCAGUUACGUCAAAGGAGAAAGCUAAGCUUGCAGUAUACUCUUGCCCAUUUGAUGUAACCACCACAGAGACUAAGGGAACAGUUCUGAUUAAGUCUGCUGAUGAGUUGCAAAAUUUCUCACGAGGAGAAGAGAGUAAAAUGGAGGAAGAUGUGAAAGCUCUGUCUGAAGCAGGAGUGACCGUAGUUGUAGCUGGUGGAAAAAUAGGUGACCUUGCUCUUCACUAUCUCAAUAAAUACAACAUUAUGGCAGUACGUCUAACAAGCAAAUGGGAUUUGCGCCGCCUCUGCAAAACAGUUGGUGCAACUGUCUUACCCAAGCUAACCUGUCCAACUCCAGAGGAAAUUGGAUUUUGUGAUCAUGUCUUCUUGGAUGAGGUUGGAGACACUCCAGUAACCAUUUUCAGGCAAAAGGGUGCUGAGUCACGAAUCGCUACAAUAGUCAUUCGUGGAUCUACUGAUAAUUAUAUGGAUGACAUAGAACGAGCUGUAGAUGAUGCUGUCAAUACUUUUAAAGGUCUUUGUAGGGAUGGCCGGUUUGUAGCAGGUGCAGGCAGCACAGAAACGGAGCUGAGUCGUCUCAUAGAACUUUAUGGAUUACAGUGUCCUGGACUUGAGCAGUAUGCUAUAAAAAAAUUUGCUGAAGCCCUCCUUAUUUUCCCAAAGGUUCUUGCUGAUAAUUGUGGUGCAUUAGAUCAAGAAACCCUGUCCAACUUGCUUGCUGCCCACACUGAAGGUAAAACCAAUUUUGGUUUUGACUGUGAGGGAGAUGGAUCGUUUGUCAUUGAUGCAACAGAGAAGGAAAUUUAUGAUCUCUACCUCACUAAAUAUUGGGCUCUGAAGUAUGCAACCUCAGCAGCUAACCAAAUUCUUCGUGUAGAUCAGAUUAUUAUGGCCAAGAGAGCUGGUGGACCAAAGCCCAGAGGAAUGGGAGCUCAAGAUCCUGAUGAUGAUGAAUAGUCACAAUUGUAAACUAUGUACUUUUGAACUCCUAAAGUAAUUUUUCACAAGCUCAUGUAAAUUUGUUUUAUCUUUGGCUGCUUUAUUAAAAUACUGGUUCGGUUAACAAA